AGACGGGGUACUAUUGGUGGGCGUCCCGCUUCCUCCGAGACUCCCCCCGGACGUCCAGGCUUCCCCCUCCUGUUGGGCCGUGGCCCAUUUCUGCCGCCUGCUUACAGAGCACCGGCCAAGGCGGCCCGAUGCAGGAGGCGGGUUACCUUGGCGGCGAGCGGGACUGCUUCCACCUCUUCCUCUCCGCCGCCGCAGUGGAGUCUGACCACACCCCUGCUUCGUGGAUGACUCUUCUAGUUCAGAGACAUUUUCUGUUCAUCAAACUUGACUGCAUUCGAGGUUGCUAAAUUCUUUGAAAAAGGCCCCAAAUAUAGUUUGGCAGCUACGUAUCUCACUUCAUGUGCCUCAGUUUGCUCACUCUGCAAAAACGAUUAAUGUCUACCCGACCUCAAAUCGUUUCUGUGACUCGAGGAUGGAUGAGCCAUCCUGGCAUGUUCGAGGAACAGCGAGGAGGCCACUAUAGCUGGAGCAGAACCCUGACUUGUUGGAUGAGCAGGCCCCCCUGGAAGAGUCAGCCGUGUGAGAUGGUGCAGCCCAGUGGCGGCCCGGCAGGGGACCAGGACGUGCUGGGUGAAGAGUCUUCUCUGGGGAAGCCAGCCAUGCUCCACCUGCCUUCUGAGCAGGGUACUCCUGAGAGCCUCCAGCGCUGUCUGGAGGAGAAUCAAGAGCUCCGAGAUGCCAUCCGGCAGAGCAACCAGAUGCUUCGGGAGCGCUGCGAGGAGCUACAGCAUUUCCAGGGCAGCCAGAGGAAGGAGAAGGAGUUCCUCAUGCAGAAGUUCCAGGAAGCCAGGAAACUGGUAGAGAGACUGAACCUGGAGAAGCUCGACCUGAGGAGGCAGAGGGAGCAGGCCCUGCAGGAGGUGGAACAUCUGAAGAGAUGCCAGCAGCAGAUGGCUGAGGACAAGGCCUCUGUGAAAGCCCAGGUGACAUCCUUGCUGGGGGAGCUCCAAGAGAGCCAGAGUCGUUUGGAGGCCGCCACCAAGGAGCGGCAGGCUUUGGAGGGCAGGGCCCGAGCUGCUAGCGAGCAGGCCCGGCAGCUGGAGAGCGAGCGGGAGACGCUGCAGCAGCAGCACAGCGUGCAGGUGGACCAGCUGCGCAUGCAGAGCCAGAGCGUGGAGGCGGCCCUGCGCAUGGAGCGCCAGGCUGCCUCGGAGGAGAAGCGGAAGCUGGCCCAGCUGCAGGUGGCCUAUCACCAGCUCUUCCAAGAGUAUGACAACCACAUCAAGAGCAGCGUGGUGAGCAGUGAGCGAAACCGAGGAAUGCAGCUGGAGGAUCUCAGGCAGCAGCUCCAGCAGGCCGAGGAGGCCCUGGUGGCCAAACAGGAAGUGAUUGACAAGCUGAAGGAAGAGGCCGAGCAGCACAAGAUUGUGAUGGAGACUGUCCCGGUGCUGAAGGCUCAGGCGGAUAUCUACAAGGCCGACUUCCAGGCCGAGAGGCAGGCCCGGGAACAACUGGCGGAGAAGAAGGAGUUCCUGCAGGAGCAGCUGGAGCAGCUGCAGAGGGAAUACAGCAGGCUGAAGGCCAGCUGUCAGGAGUCGGCCAGGAUUGAAGAUCUGAGGAAGCGGCACGUGGAGGUCUCCCAGGCCCCCUUACCCCCCACCCCAGCUCACCCCUCCUUUCACCUGGCCCUGCCCAGCCAGAGGAGAAGCCCCCCCGAGGAGCCGCCUGACUUCUGUUGCCCCAAGUGCCAGUAUCAGGCUCCUGAUAUGGACACCCUGCAGAUACAUGUCAUGGAGUGCAUCGAGUAGGGGCUGCCUGCGGGGGACCAGCACAGGACAGCGCGCUCUGUGCUUUCCCGCCUGCCCGCUCCCGACUUACGGGCUGGGUGACAGAACGGGCCACUUCUGUGAGCCCCACGAGCUAGCUCUAGGACCUUAUGCUUCAGCUCCCCCAUCUGCUGGUUUGCCUCUGUUAGGGUACAAGGAACCCGCUAGGCCUGAUGCUCUGCCCUUCUUCUUUGUGCCGUCUGCUUCAACCGCUUGCCUCUGGGGCUCCCUUGCUUUCCACCUCCACGGGCAAAGUCAAGAAUCGAGGCCAGGGCUCUCCCAGAACUUCUCGAGCCAACACAGGCAGAAGCCUUUGCUCGCAUGCGAGCUCCCAUGCGCCGUGGCGCCAGGGCCCUUGUGGGCCAUGUGGUAUGCCGUGUGGAGGCUGCGCCGCCAGUAGAUGUCGGCUGUCCACUCGUGAGGAACAUUUGGGUUGUUGCCACUCUUGUGUCGUCACAAAGGAUGCCGCAGCGAACGUCCCUGUGCAUCACUUAUGGCUAUCUCUGGGUCGGAUUCUUAGAAGCCGCACCACUGAGCAGCUGCAGACGGGUUAGAUGGGCCAGCGCGUUGUCCCUGCUUCCUCAGAGCCUUGCCCGCGGGAGGGGUGUCCGGCCUGUGGGCUUUGCCCUCUGUCAGGCAUGUGUUUCUCUAUUCCGAGUGAGCCCGAAGGGCCUUUUCCAAUUCUGCUUAAUGGCUUGUUUGUAUUUUCUGCCCGUUUUUCUGUUGGGCUGUUAGUCUUUUGUUCCUCAGUGUGUUUGAGCUCUUUGGUCAUUAGUGGGAUCGGCUCUUGUGUACGAUGGAAAUUGCAAGUAUCUUCUUUCACUCUGACUUGGACUUGACGUUGGUCAUCUAGGCGCGGCCACGCUUCUCCACCUUUCCUUCACUGCUUUGGGUUUACCGUGGUUGUGACCGGCUCGUGGCUUGACGGGGAGAUGCUUCCCCCAUGUACGCUUUCCCUUUCCUUCUCCCAACACCACAGCGUGCUGCUGUCCUCCCUGAGCGCGCUGCUGCCCAGCGUGAGCGGUGGUGGCCGUGUUUCCAUCACAUUCCAGAAGCUUGUGAUGCUGUUCCCCGCACCAGCCCCGUAUGCUCCGGCCUUUUGAAGGGAAGCCACUUGGUGAUGAUUGGAAGGUUAUGAGCACUAGAGGGCUCCUUACUGUUGUUUUGCAAGAUUCUGGACGUUUCCUUGAUGUCCAAGCCAAGGGCAUGAAGCCUGUGGUUGUCAGGAAGGGAUGUUGGAAGUGGAGGAAGAAUGCCCCAGCCUCGCCCGGCCCUCCUCCGUCUUCCCCUGGUUGGGAAUGGGGUGUCGCUGAAGACAGCCCGGCUGGCGGCCUGCUGCGAAGACGAGCCUGGGCCGGGGGCUUGCCUGGUGUGUAUAGGAGCGGGGGAGCCCCUUCUCCAUUUCCUGGAGCCCAGAUGUCUAAUCACAGACGAUCGUCCUUUGGGAAGAUGUUAAAGGCACAAACAGGCCCCCCACUUCCGGGUGCUGCAUCCCAAUCCUGAUCCUGUAGUUUUUCUGCAAAACUAAAGAGCACCUUCAGUUUUGGGGGGAUGUACGAAUUUCCCAUGGCCACUGUAACAAAUGACCGACUUGGGGGCGUAAAACGACGGGAAUUCAUUCUUUCGUGGUUCUGAAAUCAGGGCGGCAGGGUUGGUUUCUUCUGGAGGCACUGAGGGAAAGUCAGUUCCGGGCCUUUCUCCCAGCCUCUGGGGGUGGCCCUUGGUGUUCUUGGCUCCAUUCUCUGCCACCCCACUCUCUGCCUCCGUGGUUACGUGGCCUCUUCUUCCUCCUGACCGAGUCCUCUCUUCUUGUCUCUUAUAAGAACACCAGGCCCUGGAUUUAGGGCCCACCUACAUCGUCCCGGAUGAGCUCAUUUUGAGAGCUUUAUCUUCCUUACAUCCACAAAGACUCUUUUUCCAACUCAGGUCAU